CUUUUCAGUUUGCAACGAGCCACACAAGCCGUGUGUGGUGUGGUGUCGCCUAAACGCAGAGAAAGCCAAACAAAACUACAACCAACUCAACACUCAUUGGCAAUGUCUUGUGGCUGCCAAAAGUUCAACCUGCUGCCGCUGCUGUUGCUGUUUCUGCUACUCGGAUCCGCUGCAACACAGCAUGCCGUCGCCUCCGUGGGCACAACACCCAGCUCUCCACUGCUGAAACAAUCCCAGAACACUUUCGUCCAAUGGGUGCUCUCACUGCUACCCCAACGACCCGGUGCCAUAGAAACCGCCACGUUGGCGACACUCAGCAGCUCGGCCACCUCGCCCACUGAGGCGCCAUUGUCUUCGUCGUCGUCCAGUGCAGCCACCACGACCAGUACUACAUCAGCACCCACAAUGGGCACCACAACCACACGUCGAGUCACUACUCCCGCACCACCCACUUUGAAUCCACCGCGCAACUGCACCGAUUGUGUCUGCGGAGUAGCGAACAUACAGAAACGCAUCGUGGGUGGCCAGGAGACGGAGGUGCAUCAGUAUCCCUGGGUGGCGAUGCUGCUGUAUGGCGGACGCUUCUAUUGUGCCGGUUCGCUGCUCAACGAUCAGUUCCUGCUGACGGCGUCGCAUUGUGUGUAUGGCUUCCGUAAGGAGCGAAUUUCGGUGCGUCUGCUUGAGCACGAUCGCAAAAUGUCGCAUCUGCAGAAGAUCGAUCGCAAGGUGGCAGAGGUGAUCACGCAUCCGAAGUACAAUGCACGCAACUAUGACAACGAUAUUGCCAUCAUCAAGCUGGAUGAACCUGUGGAGUUCAAUGAGGUGUUGCAUCCAGUUUGCAUGCCGACGCCAGGACGCAGUUUCAAGGGAGAGACAGCGAUCGUCACCGGCUGGGGAGCACUCAAAGUGGGCGGACCCACCUCAGAUACCUUACAAGAGGUAAUGGUGCCAAUUCUAUCGCAAGACGAAUGCCGCAAGAGUCGCUACGGCAACAAGAUCACCGACAAUAUGCUGUGCGGUGGCUACGAUGAGGGCGGCAAGGAUUCCUGCCAGGGCGACAGCGGUGGUCCACUGCACAUUGUGCCGAAUGGUACGCGGGAGCAUCAGAUCGCUGGCGUUGUUUCGUGGGGCGAGGGCUGUGCCAAGGCCGGUUAUCCGGGCGUCUAUGCGCGAGUGAAUCGCUAUGGCACCUGGAUCAAGAACCUCACCAAGCAGGCUUGUCUGUGCCAUCAAGAGACCAAGAAGAUCAAGUAGCCGAGCAGCUGCAACUAACUUUAAGGCAAUCACUGCCAGAGCUCUACUCUAUAAACUCCAAAUUGAUCAGCACUUUAAAACGAUUAUGCGAAAUUCCAGUUUUUGGUAGCGAAAACUUUUUCGUUUCGUUGCAAAUCGUCCGAGAGAUUUCAACUCCCGAAAUUCUAAAAAACAAUCGCGGAAAAUUCAGUUUUUAUUUGCACACACAAAAACUGAAAUUUUUCUGUAGAUGAAACUUUUUAAAUUAUUUUCUUACUGAUCAAAUUGGUAGUUGGCUCUGCAAGUGUAUUUAGGCUUCGACUAAUCGAAGAUAAUUGGCUCGAUUCGUUUAUUUAUUGAUUAAAAAAAAAAACU